AUGACUUCCAAACUGGCUUCCCUGGCUGCUUCACUGCCUGCGACCACUUCUGCGAUUCCUCCGCUCGACCCUCGUUCGCACCGACCCUCGUCAUCGUCCUCUACGAGCUUAUCCGCCCCGACCUCAUCGGACGCGCUUCCUCGCAGCAGCAACUCCAAGAAGACCAAGAAGACUCGGGCACCCACUCCUUCACCUCUAGCACCUCCUACCAAACCCUGGCUCGCACUCGGCCUGGAAGGCUCGGCCAACAAGCUCGGCGCAGGGCUCAUUCUCCAUUCACCGCCGUCGACGUCUUCCUCUACUGCAGCAGCGCCCGGAAACGACGUGGGUUCCGUCUCGAUCCUGUCCAACAUCCGCCACACCUACGUUACACCACCGGGCGAAGGCUUCUUGCCUUCCGACACGGCGCGCCACCACAAGCGAUGGAUCGUGCAGGUCAUUGACCAUGCUUUGAAAUCCGCCAAUCGAACCUUGGACCAAGUCGACGUCAUCUGCUUCACAAAAGGUAAUAUGAUUGUCUUGGUUCCAGUGUGGGCGGGCAUCCGGAACUGAUACACGCCGCGAAUUCUGUGAUCCGACCGCGAGCAGGUCCUGGAAUGGGCGCCCCACUUCAAACUGUCGCGCUCGUUGCUCGGACCCUGGCGCUGAUGUACAACAAGCCUUUGGUUGGCGUGAACCAUUGCGUCGGUCGUACGUGCCGGGACGCGGGUUUGAGAGUGCCUGCUCCUCCCAGUAUCACGCUCACCCACCUCGAUGCGUUCGUGCAGAUAUCGAGACAGGUCGCUUAAUCACCCAUUCGCCCUCCCCGAUCGUGCUCUACGUUUCGGGCGGCAACACCCAAGUCAUCGCCUACUCGCAGCAGAGGUACCGCAUAUUCGGCGAGACGCUCGACAUUGCCGUUGGCAACUGUCUGGAUCGAUUCGCGAGGAUCAUUGGUCUGUCGAAUGACCCAAGUCCUGGAGCCAAUAUUGAAAAGGAAGCGAAAAAGUUCGUGAUUCCGUUUCUUCGGACCUGAACAAUCCGUGCAAUAUCUGAAUCUUUGGCGCAAUUUGCAGAGGCCGAAGAUUACUUCCCCUUCCUUAUGCUACGAAGGGAAUGGACAUCUCACUCGGUGGGAUCCUCGCCUCGGCCGAGACCUACACCCGAGAUCCACGAUUCACCACCUCGAACCCGCACGCCAAACGAGGCUACACCCAACCCACCCCGACUGACCCACCGACAAUACCCACGGGCAGCAACACGCAAAAGUCGACCAACUCGUCCGACUCUACCGAUCCUAGUGCUGGAGUGAUGAAUGGCAAGUUGGGCGGCAAGAGGAUGGUCUCGCAGGAUGAGAGGAGGGCUCGAGCGAGUGGGCUCUUGGGCGAUCAGGUCGGGAUCAAGGAUGUCGGGUUCUCACCCUCGGAGCAGGGUGGAGCGAAGAAGGUCGUCAUCCCCGACUGGAACGAGAGGGGGGACAGAGCGAAGCAAGUACAGGAGGAUGAGGACGAUGUCAUCACACCCGCGGAUCUGUGCUUCAGUCUGCAAGAGACGGUCUUUGCCAUGCUCGUCGAGAUCACCGAAAGGGCGAUGGCUCAUGUCGGGGGAAAGGAGGUGCUCAUUGUCGGUGGAGUUGGAUGUAAGUCUGCCACGACGUGGCUAACUGGAGUCCUGCCAGGGUGCUGAUGACGGAACUUCUUGAUAGGCAAUGAGCGUUUGCAAGUGAUGAUGGGAAUCAUGGCUGCUGAACGAGGAGGGAGCGUGUUCGCCACGGACGAAAGGUGAGAGCAGAGCUGAGCUCCAGCAAGAGGAGAUCGGUCGGUCCUGACUGACUGACCUAUGUAUUACAUCCUUUGUACCCAGGUUCUGCAUCGACAACGGCAUCAUGAUCGCACAUGCAGGUCUACUGAGUCAUCGCAUGGGGUUCGAAACGCCCUUUGAGGAAUCCGACUGCACCCAGAGGUGAGAGAGCCUACCCAGAUCCGGGGGAGGCGGAAAACUGACCUUGCGUCUGACCUCCUGUCAUAGGUUCCGAACGGACGAAGUGCUCGUGAACUGGAGGGCUUGA